GUUUGAUGCCUGAGAGUCACACAGCGCGUGCGCUGCGAUUCAUAUUUCUUAAGUAAUGACCUUCAUUUAAGAAGACCAGGUAUCUGAAAAAGGCAUUUAUUCGCUGGAUACGUGACAAAAUUCACCACUUGGCGUAGUGUUGAAGUUUAGCACUUCCUCUCUUCUCUUCUGAUCGACCAAUAGUGAAUAAAGUGGGCGCAAUAUUCUUUGCGUGUCUUCAACUGUACGGCGGUGGUCACUGCAGGCAGGUCCGAUGGAAGCAUUUAGCACACCACCUGUGCAUGGGCCGGCAGUAUUAGUAGCUGCCCUAUGCCUCCAUCUCACGAGUUCACAUUCCUUAUCUGUAGGAUUAGAGUGGACGGUCUCCUCCCCUACAACACCAGAAGCGCGUUUCAGAGUGUGUGUCUGCCCGAAUGAAUAUGUCGAGAUCUUUCCGUCUUUUUAUGCGACCAUUGUACCAUUCUUUGGCACACUUUAUAGUGAAAGGGACUUUGCUUGGAAUCUUUUUGAGAAGUGAGUCCUCGUGUGGUGGGAUUUUAAUGUCUUUCAGAAAGGCAAAAGAAGUUCUAUACGGUUGUCGCAGAUUUUUGGAGCAGGUUCUUUGUGACAUUUCAAGGGAUAAAUCUAUGACAAAUAGAAGUUGA